UCAGAGCAGGCAGUUGGGCAUAUUUUCCAUUUCAUAAUCACACAGUUUCCGGACAACACGUAGCGCUCCGAAAAAAUAAAACCACAGUUCAGAACUAAUCGGAUUUGGAAAUCUUGGCGCUGCAGCUGCAGCAGCACCAAGUAAAGCAACCACCAUGCUUAUGCUAAGGAGCCAUCUGCGACCCUCGUUGCUACGUCGCUGCAUGGUAAGUGUGUCCGUUCAGUUGGAGCCGCAGUCGGUGGAGCCUAGCCGGACUGUGCGUCCCGCACUGCCCGUUCGAAUGGAUCGCCUAAUGGCUGAGCAGCUGGUUCAGCCAAGCGUGCAGACUGGCCUUUUAGUUGGGGACCCAAAGAGGCAGCAGUUUGAUGUUGUGGUGCACUGCAAGGAGAAGUCAAAGGAUGCCGACAAGAACAAGGGCAAGGGCAAGGACAAGGACAAAGGUGGAGCUGGGGGCGAUGCCAAGGCAGCGGGCAAGCAGCCGCCCGACAAGUGUAAGAAAGCAGAUAACAAGGGUGGUGAUGAUGCUAAGAAACCGGAACCGAAGAAGGAGAAACGCAUGAAGAACUUCGAGAUCUAUCGCUGGAAGCCCGGUGAGAAGCCACAAAUACAAACCUACAAGCUGGAUCUAAAUGAAACCGGCGCCAUGGUGCUAGAUGCCUUAAUCAAGAUCAAGAAUGAGGUGGAUCCGACCCUAACGUUUCGUCGUUCCUGUCGCGAAGGCAUUUGCGGUUCCUGUGCCAUGAACAUCAAUGGUACGAACACCCUGGCCUGCGUCACAGCCAUCGAUACCGGACUGAGCGCACCUUGCAAAAUCUAUCCGUUGCCGCAUCUGUAUGUGGUGCGUGAUUUGGUGCCCGAUCUGACGCAGUUCUACGAGCAGUACGCCUCCAUAGAGCCCUGGCUGCAGCGUCCGAACUUGGCCAAGGAGCUGGGUAAGGCACAGUACCUGCAGGCGAUUGAGGAUCGCGACAAGCUCGACGGACUCUACGAGUGCAUACUGUGUGCCUGUUGUCAGACCGCCUGUCCCUCCUACUGGUGGAACAGCGAUAAAUAUUUGGGACCGGCAGUUCUCAUGCAGGCCUUCCGUUGGGUCAUCGAUUCACGCGACGAGGCUACCGAGAAGAGGUUGUGCUAUCUGCAGGAUCCCUGGAAGCUCUAUCGCUGCCACACCAUUCUCAACUGCACCAACACCUGUCCGAAGGGCCUCAACCCGGCCCGGGCCAUUGUACAGCUGAAGCAGUUGCUGGCCGGCGCCAAAAAGAAGCCGAAUCCGAAGAUCAAAACUGACACCAUGUUCCAGGCCAACAAAUGCUAAGGAGGCGGCUAACACCACAACCACACAAAGAAACACCAGAAACAAAACAUCUAACCCAACACCUAAUUGAAGCCCGGCUAGAGACAGUUGCUGGUCCGGUACUAGAAUGAAAUAGAUAGAAGAAGAAGAACAAAGAGGAGAAGUCCAAGAUCAAGAUUUGUUUAUUACACAUCAUCAAUGUUUUGCCUUCGUUUUUGAAUUGUGAAGUUAACAGGCAAAAUUUGAAGUUUGGCAUAACGUCUGGGAUGUAACAAUCCCCAUGUGGCUAAAGUGGAGGGGGCCCUCCAAUAGACACCACCCCUACUACAUUCCACAAAAAUGGGCGGCCCACUAUUUUUUGGAGCGUCUUCUACGACUUUACACAGACACAACAUCUUCAAGCAAGCCCAGGAACACUGACGGAUUGACACUCCACCCCCAUUCUUUGACUGGAGCUCCCUCCCAUCUAUUAUCUCAUGAUAAUGUCCUCCAAAGUGCGUAACACACACAGACACACACACGCAGAUUUGGAAAACAAAUCUGACCUAAAAUAGUUAUGACUUAACAACACAAAACAUAGACACAAACACAGUUCGAUCUGAAGAGUUAUCAUAUCAGACCUUAUUGUCCGAUUAGUUAUGGUUUUAUUGUAAAAUUGCAUGUCUAAUGGGUUGGACUGAUCUACACGGCACGUCUUGAGUUCUUGACACUGACACACUCACAUCUACACUUCUACCCUUGAACUUGAACGGUUCUGGACUGAUCUGAUCUGAUCGAAUCACACGAUUCACACCAAUUUCCCUGACUUACACACAUAAUAAUGGCGGAAGAAUCAACGCCCAUUAUUAUUAUUAAGAUUAAUAUGUAUAACCAAUUCUCAAUGGACUUGAGUGUUUCGCUUCGAUUGUAAUCGCAACUGGCACAAUCAAUCAUCAAACAAUCUAUACUUAUGUAUAACCAAUUCUCAAUUUUUUGGCCAAUUUGUUGCGCACAACCUCCCUAAUACGAACAUUUGAUCAUAAUGCAAAAAACACGCACCUGCGAUAUAUGUACAGCAAGAACAACAACAAGAAUAAGCAAUUCCCAUUUGUUGAGAACACUAAAACAAACAAAAAAUACACACGUGGCAGAUAAAUCACAACUCACGCACAAUACGCCUAAAUAUUCGAUUGUUAAAUAUUUGUACCUUUUCGUUUUCUUUUUGAUCAUUCCUCAAAUGUAUUUAGCAAACAUAUUAAAAUUGUUCAACGUGAAAUAGAAAAA